AGUGAUCACUUUAUCUCAUUUCUCCACCAUACAAUUCACACAACACUUAGUUUGUCACGAACUUCUGCUACUAAUGCAAGCUAACAUUUUCUUCUAUCUUCCAAAAAACACCAUGAACCUCAUUCUCCAAUAACCAACCUCGCACAUCAGUGACAAAAGAGCACUCAAUCAAAUAGAAAAAAAGAAAAAAACAUGUCAUGCAGUGGUGGUAGCUUGGGUUAUGGGGGAGCAAUAACCUGCUUGAGCAAUGUUGACCACACAAAGAAGGUGCAGCAAUCAGUGAGAAACAGUUUCAUGGGAAGAAAAAUUGUUGGAGCGAUGAAGAGUUGGAGAGGAAAAAAUGGUUGGAAAAGAAGGGUAGGAGUUGUGCAGUGUAGAGGGAUUGGAGACUUUGUUGGAGGGGACUUGAUAUGGCUUGAUAUUGAUCGUUGGCUUUCAGAUGUUGAAGAGCACAAAGCACUUGCAAUAUACCCUCCUCAUGAGGGAGGCUAUGAGGGGCGUUACUUGUCUCGUCUCACACGUCAGGGCUACUAUUUCCUUGACCUCUCAGCUCGUGGCCUUGGUGACCCUGAAACCACCCUCACCAAGAUUCACCCUGUUUGCCCUGCUCAUGUUGGAAAGCAGCCAAUAGCAAGGUGGUAUUAUCCUCCAGAAGUUGAUUUCAGAUUAGAAUCAUUGCCACCAAAUGCCAAAGGAUUGGUGGUGUGGAUACUUGAAGCCAAGGUUCUCUCUAAGGCAGAACUGCAGUUCCUAGCUUUGCUGCCAACACUUAGGCCUAAUGUGAGGGUCAUUGCUGAAUGUGGAAACUGGAGAAAGUUUAUGUGGAAGCCACUGAAAGAAAUUGCAGGACUAACUACCAGUGAGGAAACUUAGUGGUGCUUCAGUGUUACUUAUCAUUCCUUAUUUUCAACCUUCAACAAUCAAGUACAGAUAAUUUAUUUUACCUUCUCCAAUUUAAGGCUUUUCAUAGCUGCAGAGAAGUCACAUAAGAAAGGAAGACACAGAGAUGUAGGAAAGAUCAAUUUCCUUGUAAAUAAUUAGAUUUGUCUGUCAUGAGUGACCCUUUAAUUCUCAAGGUUUAAUUUUGUCCAAGCACAUACAUUUCCUCAAAAUAUGAUAUCCUCAAAUUCCAAUGUGAAAUUGUUCACAAUAAUUUAUUUGAUCUAAUACUUAAUCCUGUCUCUUCUUCC